AUGGCAUCGACAACCGCACCCGCGCCCGCGCCGCCGCCUCUCCUCAUCAUCGUCCGCUUCUCCAACGGCCUCCCCGACCUCACCACCGACGUGCCCCUGCCGCACACCACGACCGUGCUCGCCUUCCAGCACGGCCUGCGCGCGCGCAUCGCCUCGCGCGGCCGCCUGCGCCUCAUUUACCAGGGCCGCAUCCUCCCCUCGGCCGCCUCCCUCGCCAGCGUGCUGAAGCCGCUCCCUGCCGCACCACCACCACCACCGCCCGACACCAAGGGCAAGGCCGUCGACAAACCCCCCGCGGUCCGCGUCUACCUCAACUGCUCCAUCGGCGACGAGCUCACCACGGCGGAGCUCGACGCCGAAGAGGCCGACGCCGCCAAACCGCCAGAAGGCGGCGGUGAGGUAGCGGCCCCCGGGACGGCGGGCAAGAAGCCGCGACCGCGCGGCUUUGAUCGCCUGCUACAGGCGGGCUUUACGGCGUCGGACAUUGCCACGCUGCGGACGCAGUUUGCGUCGAUCCACACGGAGCGCUUCGCGUCCGACGCUGUGCCCUCGCCGGACACGAUGCGCGGCAUGGAGGACGCGUGGAUCGACGGCAACGCGGGGGAGCUGCCGUCGUCGACGCCGGCUGGCCCGCUCGAUGACGACAUCACCAACUUGUCCUCGGUUCUCGACGUCCUCAUCCGCGCCAUGAUGAUUGGCUUCUUCUUCCCGCUCGGCACCAUGACGUGGCUGCUGCGCCAGGAUGUCUGGGGCGAGAAGUGGCGCAUCUUUGUCGGCUCUGGUGUCGUGCUAAGCUUGACCGUCGGCAUCUUCAUGACUAUGGGCAGUGAGCGGUAG